GGCAGCUCACUCUGCCAAACCCAAAAUAUCUGCAUUAGUCGUAGUAUGUAAAACGUCACUCAAAAACCGAGCUGCUCAUAGAAAUGUGCGAACUUGCAAUAUAUUGAUCAGUGAUAUCCAUCAGUAUAUUUGAACCCAGGAAUAGAAACGGAUUCAAACGAGGCACAUGGGGCCGAAUUUUGCGAAGAACCCCAUUUUUAAUACAAUGGAUAUUAUCAACGAAAAUUUAAAUAACAUCACAAAUAUUAGUUUCAAGAAACCUGAAGGGAAACUCAAAAGUCUAAACUUAAUUCCUAACAGUGUACAUCUUGUAGUAGUAAGCAAAUUAUCCAUCCCAAAAAUUAUUCGUGUAAACUUACCACAUCGUUCAAAAAAUCUAUCUAUCUGUUUGAUAGUUAAAGAUUUUCGCAAAGAUGAUUAUGAACGCACUACAGAAUCUUGGAAACGGCGUUGGAACAUGGAUUUGAAAAAGUCUGAACUUUCUCACUUAGACGCACCUGAAGUGACAUUUUUACCUCUGCGGGAACUAAAAGUAGCUUACCAAACUUUUGCUGCCAAACGUCGACUGGCUGCCACUUUUGAUAUAUUUCUUGCCGACAAACGAAUUGUUCAUCGUUUACAAAACAAACUGGGUAAAGCGUUCUACCAGGAGGUUUCAGGGAAAUUUCCUAUCCCAACGUCAUUUUCGAACAAUAAUCUUGUAGAUACUGUCCGACGGCAACUACAUACAUCUUUGUUCGUAAUUCGAGGCAAUGGAACAACCGAUAGUCUCAUAAUUGGGGAUGAUCUUUUCUCUUCAUUCGAGAUAAAGGAGAAUGUAAUAUCAGUUUGUGAAAAAAUCUGUUCAGAAUGGCCAGGUGGUGGUAUGGCAAAUAUCCGUUCUAUUUACAUUCAAAGCUCAGGUAUCUCCAUUCCUUUGUACUAUGAUGAAACAGAAGCACCUUUAACUACAAUAAGUGAAAAAUUAUCGAGUCUUCCUAAAGCUGUUCACCGAAGAUCUCAUACACUUAUUAAGAAACUAAAAAACACAGAGGAUGGUGCGCCAAUCGUUAGUCAACCUAAAAAGUCUCAAAAAUCACUUAAAAGAUUACCGAAAGAACUCGUUUCACAAAUUGCAGAUGAUCUUCCUUUGACAUCAGAUGAAGUCGACAAAAUUUUACGCAAACGGAACUUCAACGAUAGUAGCAUCACCCAAAUGAAGUUAAAACGAAAAAAAAGGAUUUCCCGUCGUAAAUUUGUAAAAAUAUAGUUCAUUCUUGUCAACGUUGCUUUUUCUGUCAGUACAGUUUUUACAAUAAAUUGUUUUCAACACCACAUGAACCAAUUCUACUAUUAUUAUUACUAUUGCUGUAAUGAACGAGAACACCAGUGGGGGCAGUCUAAUGUAUUUGAGUACGAAAUUAAAGAACGUCUUAGUAGAAUCUGAGAACCAUACAGUAAAUAUACUUAAUUUGCAAAAUGUCAAUCAAUUGUCUCAAAUUUGACUGUUCCUUUUGCAAAUGUCAGUCAAUCAUCUCAGACUUCACGUUCCUUCAUUUCCACACCAAUCAUUUUCUGUUUUCGUUCGUUUUUCUUUAUUCUUCUUAACCUUCUGCCUUCAAGUAUUUUACUUUCGAUUGAUCACACAUACUACUUAUAUCUUUCGACAUCAGUAGCACACUACAUUACUACUACUGCUACUCUUACUAAUAAUAUUGUGAACGAGAACACAGGUGGAGACAACCAACGUAUCAAAACCCAACACUACAGAAUCUCUUCGUAAAAUAUGAAAACCAUACACUUGAAACUUCAUUUGUAACUUUCUGUUGCUUGUCCUUCACAUUCUGUAUGAUUUUAAAGUUCACAAUUUCUUCCUAUUUUCCCUUCUAUUCUCUUCAACAUGAUCUUAGCCUACUGCUGCCAGGUUUUCCACUUUCAAUUGAUGUUACAUGAUACUUAUGUCUGUUGUAAGUACGAUACACAACACUACUACUAAUACUACUUAUACCAAUACUAAUUAUAGUAGUAAUAAUAACCAAAAUAUUUUAUAUUUACGUCCAGUUAAUAAAAUUUCAGCAUUGUCAAUGUGAUUAGAUUAAUAAAUAGAUAAAUAUUGGUGAAA